GCUGAGUAGACCGACCCCAACCACAUCGCAAAAUUCCUACAUUCACAUUCACUUGAUAAUUCUGAUACAAGCUAAUUUACAAAACAACCUCCGCCCUUCUCUCUCUCUCUCUCUCUCUCUCUCUCUCUCUCAGUAGUUCUGUGUUCCUCUCCUCCCAGACCUAAUGGCUUCGAUCUGAUUAAACCCACCUCCAAAGCCCCUUCCUUCAACAACCCAAUUCUGAACCUGUUCAGAUCGAGACCUCUUGGAGAUUCGGAGCUCCAGGUGGUAGCAAACUAGCAAUGUCGACUCCUGCGAGGAAGAGGCUGAUGAGAGAUUUCAAGAGGCUGCAACAAGACCCACCUGCAGGGAUUAGUGGGGCGCCCCAAGAUAACAAUAUAAUGCUGUGGAAUGCUGUUAUAUUUGGUCCAGAUGAUACUCCUUGGGAUGGAGGCACGUUUAAGUUGACCCUUCAGUUUACAGAGGAUUACCCAAACAAACCCCCGACAGUCCGAUUUGUUUCUCGAAUGUUUCAUCCAAAUAUUUAUGCAGAUGGAAGUAUUUGUUUGGAUAUUUUACAGAAUCAGUGGAGUCCUAUAUAUGAUGUGGCAGCUAUACUCACGUCUAUUCAGUCACUACUAUGUGAUCCCAACCCAAACUCUCCUGCUAAUUCAGAAGCUGCUCGCAUGUUUAGCGAGAACAAGCGUGAGUACAACCGAAGAGUGAGAGAAAUCGUGGAACAGAGUUGGACAGCAGACUAACUCCUUCACAUGGGAGCUUGUAGGACAGUCGGAAUUUGUUCAAAGGCAUUUUAUAAGUAGCAUUUCUAGCUACUGCGAGAAUCGUUAUGCCAACUUAUCAACAUUUAUCCUGUAUUUCAAUGUUUUAUUCCCAAAUUAUGACGCUUUGGAUUUGCUUUGUCUUAAGAUAUGUCUUGCCAGCUGCCACAUUGCAUUCUUAGUUAAGCUCGUGUAAAAUAGUGUUGUGUAUCAAUUUGCAUUGGUUUGUUAUGAACUUGGAUGUUCGGUAUUUGAAAUGAAAGUUAGUAGUUUACUACAAAAGC